AUGAGCACAAGAAUCCUUUUAUUGCUACACCCAACGGUGGUGACUGACGAACAGCUAGUGGCGAGCAUCAAAUUGGAAAUAAACAAAAAUUACAGCGAUGGCAACUAUACGCUAGAGCAACAGAUUAUCAAUCGUGUAACUCAGGGGGAUAUAGUGUUGACUCCCAAUACAUAUAAAGAAGUUCACUAUGUGAACCCUAAUGAGGGCGAGUACCUUGAAAUGCCUAUUCUGUUGAUUAAGUUGUUUUACGACUUAUUGGCAGAGGAAGGUGUUAUUGUUGGAGAUUUACCCAAGGACCAAAAUCUUGAUGUUUUAUUACAGGGAUUUAUUGUACAGGAGAAUGGAACAUGGUUGAAACCAAAGCCAGUGACGGAAAUAGUAACUUUGAAGAAGAAAAAGAAGAAAAGUCCGUUUAGUGAAGGAAACUGCAUGCUCAAGGACUCGGAGAAGGUCAAUAAGAAAAUGCCGAUGUUUAAAAAACUUUCGGAAAGAGGAGCAGGAGUAGGAGCAGGAGCAGGCUAUAGCCCGCCUCCUCCUGGGUUAACAGAUACUUCAGCACAAAACACCGAUGAGGAGAUUGAUACAACAAAUGGAAUAAAAAGGAAACUUAUAGAGACCAAACUUACUUAUUUCAGUGACUCCUCCUCUGAAGGAGAAGAAGGAGAUGAUGAUGAGGACGACGAAAGGGAUAUUUAUAUUGACGAAAAUGAUCUUCUAGCAGAUUUGAAAUCUGACAAUUUAAUCAUUCCCAAGAAAUGUGAAUUACCCAAUGGUAAAAGAAGAAGAAAAGCAUGUAAGGACUGUACAUGUGGGUUAAAAGAGAUUGAGGAACACGAACUUGCUCAGAAGACAAACAAACAAAACUCAAUAUUGAGCCAAUUAGCACAGCUGGCUAACAUUGAAGCAGUCAAGAUUGAAGAAAGACUUAGGCAAAAGCAGAAAGAUAUAGUCAAAUUCAAAGAGGAAGAGUUGAAUGAAAUUGAUUUCACCGUUAAGGGUAAAACUGGCGGUUGUGGUUCAUGCAGUUUAGGUGAUGCAUUUCGAUGUGAUGGAUGUCCAUACUUGGGCUUGCCUGCUUUCAAGCCUGGUGAAGUCAUUACUUUAAAUGGGAUUGAUGAGGAUAUCUAG